CUUGUGCUUGUAGUAACCUUUUCGUCUAGGUGUGACCAUGUCGGCUCCUCUGACAAUUUCGGGUGCUGACAGGUACUCCCCGGAGAAGCUUCCGGUCCUAGAGCAAAAUGUCGAUGAGCAGGUUGCAAACAGGACAUGGAAUCUGGAUGCAAAUGUGACGCUCUUGCGGUUCUACCAAUUCAGCCCAGCCAGCGUUAAACCUCAGAUCGUUGCGAAAAUCCUCAUUAAAGCCAUAAUGCAAGCGCCGAACCAGGACUACAAAUGUUGCAUAACCCUGCUUCCUGAGCGACUGCAGCAGGCGGAUGAGGCGAUCUACAAGGUGGUCCAAUUGGCAAACGCUCUGGAGACGAGCAGGUUCGCCGACUUUUGGAAUGCAACGAACACGUGCCGGGACCUGUUGAUGAACAUCCCAGGCUUUUACGAGGCGGUUCGGGGAUACAUCGCUCACACUCUGGUCCAUACGUACGGCCGGGUCACGAAGCGCACCCUGGCGGAUUGCUUGAAGCUUGACGGGGCCACGCUUGAUCAUUACCUUUCGGACAAGUGCCGCAGCGCUGGAUGGAGCAUCGUGACGACUCCGGCGGGAGACGUCGUCGCGCUUCCAAAGAAUGACGACAACCAGUCAGUUAUUAAGCGUACGCAAGAGCUGAUCCGCUUCGAGCAGGUGGCGCCCAUGUUUAAGGCCGUCACAGUCGGCUUUUGAGACCCAUUAGUGAGCCGCCCACGAGGAGGGGCUCCGCAGGAGUUGACGUGCUGGCUUGAGGAUGUCUCAGUACAGCGAGUGCAGGUGUCUUUAGGUGUUAACACGUGGCUUGGCUUGGUUUGUUUGUCGCAAUGUGCACGGAGAAGGGUGUAGAUAGCAGCGCGGCGACGAUGCAAGGAAGCCACUGCGAUUUGAUGUAAUCUUGAGGCUUUGCUGUUGGCACGAGCGUUGUACGAAAGAUAGCUUGGACCGCUGACGUAAAAACAUUAGUCUUUGCUAAUCAAGAUACACGGCGUAUAAGGGACAGUAAACUUUAAACACGGUGAUGGGGACCUGAUCCCUAAACGCCAUGGGCCAUUGGCCUUCUACCUAAUCGGCGUGUACCGCCGCAACGAUAACCACAACACAUUGCUGUAGAGUAGCAUAUUCUGCUGUUUUCCUGCAUACAUUCUCGUGCCAACGAUGCAACCGUUGCGGCGUCCGCAUCGUACCAUCUGCAACUAUCUUAUGUCGUCAGGCCGCCGUUCGCGUGCCGUCAGCAGAAAUGCAGCUAGCAUCCUGCCAUUUACUUAUCGCGUCCCGUCGCCUUGGCCCAGCCACGACAGCAGCCCCUUCACGGUUGAGCUUAUCGUCUCGGCUGCCGCAACACCCACA